AUGUUCCACUGUAUAGUGCAGCCGCGCCACGACUGGGGCCCGCCCGACCUCUACAAUGCCUUUCCCGACAUCCGCAUGCAGCUGUCGGAGCAGACGCGCGUGCUGGAGGCGCGCGCCGAGGCGACGGCGGGCGUGGCGGGCGAGCUGCACGACUACUGCCGCCGCCGCGCCGACCUCGAGCACGACUACGCGCGCGCGCUCGACAAGCUGGCGCGCGCCGCCGCCCAGCGACACAAGGACCAGAAGCACAAGCGCGAGCAGUGGUCGCUGACGAGCGGGUACGCGUGCUGGCAGGCCGCGCUCGAGCACACGCGCGGGCUGGCGCGCGACCACGCCGCGCUCGCCGACCUGUACGCCGGCCCGCUCGCCGCGCGACUGCAGCGCGCCGCCGACGACGCGCUGCGCCUGCACCGCAAGUGUCGCGACAUCGUGACGGAGCGCCACGAGGAGGUGGGCGCGGCGCUGGGCGAGGCGGCCGGCGCGGGCAAGGCGCACGCCGCCGCCGCCGCCGACUGGCGCGCCGCCGCGCUCAAGCUGCGCCACGCCUACGACCAGCGCCAGCGCGUCGCCGCCGUCGACCCGCCGCGACACAAGAAGCUCAAAGCGCUCGAUAAAGAACUAGAAAAGCGGCGCGCGCGACACCGCGCGGCCCACGAGCGAGCGCUGCGGGCGCGCGCGGACUACGUGCUCAGUCUGGAGGCCGCCAACGCCACGCUGCAGCGUCGUGAGCAUGCACAAUUAUGUAGUUUAAUUCUGUCGAAUACGAAACGCUCGCAGUGCAUGGAGGUGGGGUUCGAGGGCGUGGUGGGGCGCGCCGUGCGCACGGCGGGCGAGGCGGAGGCCGCGGCGGGCGGGGCGCGCGCCGCCGCCGCCGCCGCCCUGCGCGCCGCCGCCGCCGCGCUGGACGCGCUGGGCGCGCGCACGCGCUUGCUGGACGCGCACGCGCCCGCCUUCACGCUGCCGCGCCCGCUGCUGCCGCCCGCCGCGGCCGACGCGGCCGACGUGCUGGCGGACGCGGCGGACGAGGCGCGCGUGGACGAGGCGCCGGCGCACGUGGCGGACGAGCUGGCGAUGGAGGGCGACGACGCGGCCUGGGACGUCAGCGGAGUGUUCGGCGCGGGGGGCGCCGGCGCCGCCGCCCUGCCCGCCUCGCCCGGCGCCCUGGCCGAGGACCAGGAGGACUACUACCUCCACAAGUUCCGCGCCUACGUGGCCUGCGCCGGCCGCCUGGCGCGCCUCGAGGCCAAGAGCGCGGCGCUGCGCGGCAGCCUGGCGGGCGCGGGCGGCGCGGGCGGUGCGGGCGGCGCGGGCGGCGCCGUGGAGCCGCGCUCGCCGCCCACGCCCCCGCGGCGCGCGGCGGCGCGGCUGCGGCGCGGCCAGUGGGCGGCGCCGCUGGAGGCGCGGCUGCCGGCCGUGCUGGUGUCGUGCGUGCGCGUCAUCGCCACGUACGGGCUGCGCCAGCAGGGCAUCUUCCGCGUGUCGGGGUCGCAGGUGGAGAUGCAGGCGCUGCGCGCGGCCUUCGAGCGCGGCGAGGACCCGCUGGCGGGCGUGCGCGACGCGUCGGACAUGAACUCGGUGUGCGGGCUGCUGAAGCUGUACCUGCGCGAGCUGCGGCCGCCGCUGCUGGCGCCGGCGCUGCGCGAGCGCCUGCUGCGCGUGGCGGCGCUGGCGGACGACGCGGCCUUCGUGCGGCGCGCGCGCGACGUGCUGGCGGCGCUGGCGCUGCCGGCCGUGCUGGUGCUGCGCUACCUGUUCGCCUUCCUGGCGCACCUGGCCGAGCACGCCGACCAGAACAUGAUGGACGCCUGGAACCUGGCCAUCUGCCUGGGCCCGACGCUGCUGGCGGCGUGGGGCGAGGGCGGGGCGCAGGUGGCGGCCCAGAACCUGGCCAACGAGCUGGGCGACGGCGAGGCGGACGCGCAGCGCGGCGGGGGCGCGGAGGGCGACGCGGGCGGCCCGGGCGGCCCGGGCGGUCCGGGCGGCCCGGCCGACCCGGGCGAGGCGGCGGUGCCGACCGCGGACGAGGCGGACGCGGCGGACGACCUGUCGCUGUACGACAUCGACGACGACGACACAGACGAGGCCAGCGACGAGGACGAGAGCGGCGCCUGGGAGCGCGAGUCCGUGGAGCUGCGCAGCCCCGGCCCCGCGGCCGCGCCCCCCGCGCCCGCCGGGGCCCCCGCGCCCCCCGCGCCCCCCGCCGGGGCCCGCGCGCAGGGCCCGCAGCCGGCGCCGCAGGUGGAGCCCGACCUGGACGAGCCGCCGGGAGACGCCGAGGCCGCCGCCCCACCCUGCAGGCGGCUGGCCGAGAGUACGCCCGACCUGGUGCUGGACCUGCCCGCGCGGCCCGAGCCCGACACCGCCGACACCUUCGCGCACAACCGCGACACGCUGCGCAAGCGGCCCGCGCCCACCGCGCCCACCGCGCCCGCCGCGCCCACCGCCGCGGCCCACGCGCCGCCCGCCGCGCCCGACCCCGCGCCCGCCAGCCCGGUGCCGGCGCGCAACACGGCGCGGGUGGCGGCCAAGUUCGCGGAGCUGACGCUGACGGGGGGCUCGUUGAAGCCGGCGCUGGCCGCCAAGCCCGCGCUGCUUCGCCGGCCCACUCCGCACCCGGUGCACGCGCCGCGCCCGCCCCCGCCCGACCCCGCCAGCUAGGCGGCCGGCGGGGCCGCGCCCGCCCCACUUGACCCCGCCAGCUAGACGGUCGGCGGGACCGCGCCCGCCAGCUAGGCGGCCGGCGGAUCUUGCUCUGUUUGUAAUUAUUUUUUAUACGCGUCGCGGAGGAACACGGUCGGCCCCCGGCCCGAAGCUUUAACGAACGGCAGAUUUUAAUGUGCUAUAGAUUUAGAUAUUAAGUGCGUAUUUUUUGAAAUAAUUUUAAGUCGUCGAAAGUGGCUAAACGUGGCGUGGUGGUCCGCCUCGUCCGCAGCUGUAGCCGCCGUCCUCCCCGACGCAUUAUACAUAUACUCAGUCGACUGUGUUGUAUCUACCUUAUGUAACCUCUUACUCAAUAAACCAGUAUUACGUACUACUUCUGUUAUUACUGGCCCCCGGCCGGCCUUCCUGCUGACAAACCAUUUACGUUAAAUUAACAAACACAAGAACGAGCAGAAAACCUGAUUGAAAAAGACGUUCUGGGGUGUUACUAGAUAGACACCGAAACAAGAAAAUUUGUCUGUCUGUAUGUAUGUUUAAGCUACUGGUUCGAUUCCAAUGAAACUUGGUAGGAUUAUCUUUACUUCCUUACUAUCCUUACUAUUUAUAAAUCUGAAAGUGAGUUUGUUUGUUUGUUUGGUCCGUUUUCACGCCGUAAGUACUGAACCAAUUGCUUUAAAAAUUUUGCAGACGUAAAGACGUAAAGUAGAAGUCCAGAUUAAAUAAUAGGGUACUUUUUAUCCUGGAAAAAUGUGAUAUUCCCGAGGGAAAACAAAAAUAUUAGUAUAGAUGGCGCUGUGUGUAUUCGUAUAGAUGGCGCUGUAUGCCAUUUAAAACAAUUCGACGAAUUACCUACUAAUUUGAAAUUUCAUGCUUUAAUCUAUAGCGGUUGUUUGGUGUUAAUCUACACAUAUUCGGUGCACUUUUCGACUCAUUUAUUUGCUGUUUUAUGUCAUUUUUAAAAACGUGGUAACGUUGUGUUUUUUAAGUAUUUUUCGCUUUUAAAUUCCUGGUUGGUUUGGUUCCUACCAUUUGACAUUGAAUUGUGUAUUUUAUAGAUUUUAGGUUGUUAAAGGUAUCUUAAAUUGGUGUCUAUGUAGUAAGUAGUGUGUGCGUUCGCGGAGCGGAAUGUUGUUGCAUUUAAAGAUUUUAAUUAUGCAGACGACGUGCUCUUUUUGAGUUAGGUCUUAGCCCAUAGGAUAUACAGCAGGCUGUUUAACAACAGUUCAGUUCAGUUGUGUAAAAACAGUUCAUUCCACAGUCUCGGUGUGCGAGGUAGAAUGUAGGUAUAUCAAGAGACUAUACUUGGGCUAUACAUAAAUAACUAUCUGUUUCUGUACGGUAUACCUUCAUUGCAAAUUAAUUUAAUGGGAUCGACUGUAAUGGGAUCUACGUGGGUCAGACAGGCGGCAAUCUUGCGACUAGGUAUGAAGAACACGUUGUUACAGGAAUGGCCAUCCAGACAAGUCACGUUUUGCCAACCAUAUAAUUAAUCCCGGUCAUUCCUUGAGCGAUAACAAACGUUAAAAUAUUUGCAUAUUCUGUAGUAUAAGCUUUCAUAAAAGUAAUAAUAAAACAUAAUAAUAUGCACCCACUGUUGAAUGAUCAAACAAAUCCAGUCCCAUCCCCACUACUGAGCGUGACAUCCGGUAGGUCUUCAUCUAAAUAAAGAGGUGAUUUGCUGGACCAAUUCAUUCAAGCUACGACAAGCCGCCGAGUCAACAACUCCUGAGCAUGCCCCGUGGAGGAGCGCAACAUUAUGUCGACUGUGACCGACUGGUUUGUUGCGUGUCAGGAGGGCGGUGUUGUAUACUACAAGAUGCAAAUUCAUUCCUUUAGCGGAAUAAAAACUAAAUAUAUUCCGUUGUUAGUGUAGCAUGAAUUUCCACAAAGUAACGCCUGAUUUUAUUCUAUAGUUUGGCUCAUAGACAUCGACACAUUUAUUCAGGGAUUUGGAUUAUUACCUGUCUUUUACCACUGAACCCUUCGUCCCAAAAUGGCACAAAUGAUUUGUCCUUAUUGAAAUAAAAAAAAAAAUACCCAAAAUGUUUAUUUUUGUUUCUGUGUCGUCGGCCGCAUACUUUGUUGUAUACUCCAAACUGUUAAAUCUAAUAAGUAGGUACAUCUAGUUGUUACAAGUAGGUAAUUAUGUUACCAAUGCUGUUUUCAGGUCUGUUGUUUUCUUUAUUUCUCUGAGGCCGGAUGGGGUAAAAGCUAAUAUUAUAAUUUUAGUCUAAGCCUACAAGAAUGUCGCGGAGAACCUAACGGGUUACCGGGGCACCGGCUCGAAGCGCAGGAGUAGGAACGGAAUGCACUGCACCCAGACGGGAGCAGCCAUUCGAUGAUAUUCCCUCCUUAAAAAAAUAUGGUUCGUACGGGUCACCCUACCUGCCAAUAGGUAAGCGAACGACAAAGUACUUAUGUACCUUGGUAGGUGUUCAAACAUGAACAUGCCAUGUCAGCGAGAUAACCUUACGUGAUAAAGUACUGACCAGAAACAUAUUAAUUCCGGAAUACAACUAAGUAAAACAUCACGUACUCACGUAAGGAUAGAGCGCUGAGAUGGUACAUUACACGCAUAGCACACAAUCAUAGUGCGGUAUGUGUGUACAUAGGAUAAGUUUAGUAUAAAAGAUCAUGUACCUAAUAUAAGAAAUAAAACAGUCACUAGUUGAUUCCGACUUUGACUCACUACCCUUCCUCCACCACUAGGUGGAGGAAGCUCCUCCUCUCGCUGUGGCCAAGACACCUUUAGCCAUCGACCGAUCUGUCCUGUGAGUCUGCCGACAGGCAGUGAGCAAAACCAUCACCACCAUACCCCAUUCCUACCCACAUUCCGUCUGCCAUCACAGGUCUCAGGUGGCAGAUAUCCAGCACCUAUCUAUAUAAGUAUAUAUAAAUACGUAUGGUAGGGCUAGGGUCUUGGGACUGUAGGGCUAGGCCAGUAGGCGCGUACGAAGCGUAGGUCUGUAUCACAGCAUACCAUAGUAUACCACGAUUGUACGUGCCUUAGGUUAGGGCCUAGUAGUAGGAUAGUGUAGGAUAACUUUAGCGUGUAGUCAUUAGGAUUAGGUAAUCCUGUGCAGUAGGAUUGUGGCGUAAAGCUACUAUCCCGCUGUACAGUAGGUAAAUAAUGAUACAAAUUUCAUUCUAUGAGUUGGGCUCAUAAAACAAGAACUAUCAUCGGUGGGAUGCAUAACUUUAUUAAUAAGUAGGUAUUUUGUACAUAUUAUCUUCGAACAAGCAUUUAGAUAUUAAAAUUAUUUAAUAUAUUUAACAGUUAGCUACUAAUUUUAUCGUAUGCCAAUCAGAUGUAACUAUGGCAAAUAAGUAUAGUGUCGAAUGUCGUAUCACCGCUAAGCGCUACGCGCUGCGGCCGGAGCUGACCAGGGACGUCAUGACGCGUCAGUACGUCAGGCAGUAAGCAGUCUCCUCAGCCAGGACUCGUCGUCGGCGGCGGCGGCGGGCGGGGCGGCGCCCGGCCCCGCUCGCCGCGCCCCCGUCUGCUAGUAGCGCAGGCAGUGGUCAUGGUGCAGCCCGUGGUGCAGGGGCGCCGCGUUCUCCUUGUCGCGGGUGUAGUGGGGCGCGGGAGGCGCCGGCGCUGCUGCAAAUUCUGGCGCCAGAACGGGCGGUUCGUACUCGUCGCCCGAUCCGUCGGACGCUUCCAGGUAGCCGAAGAGACGAGCCGCACCCGCAGCGCGCGCCUCCCGCCGCCGCCCCGCGCCACUCACGACUCCCGCGCCCCCGGCCGUCGGAUCCGGUGUAGCCGCGCCCCCGGCACCCCCGGCCCCGCCCGCGCGCCCAACUCCGGAUGGAACCUUCAGAUUACGACUCUCGAUGUGACUGUAAGAAGAAAUAACGAUUAGUGUUCGGUCAGUAUGCGGUGAUACUCCGCACUGCGGCGGAGGACACGGCAGGUACUGACUGGGCGUCGCGCAGGUGGUGCGCCAGCUGGUGCUGGUCGUCGGCCAGGAAGGGACACUUGGCGCACGCCUUCUUGUUGUGCACCUUGUGCACGUGCGUGGCGAGGCGCUCGGCGCGCGCCGCCUUGUACUCGCACAGCGCGCACGCGAACGGCUUGAGGUGCGUGUUCAGGUGCCGCUUCAGGCACCAGUUGUCCACUCCCGACCACGCGCAGUAGCAGCACGCGUAGCGCCGCUCGCCCUGUAACUCAACGCGUCUUAGUAUGCUGUUUUACGCUAAUCGUGAUGGUAUAGGUUAGGUACAUGCACUGCUACUUUCCGUCGUUUAUACAUAUGCGAUAAAUGUUAUAAUUGACGGUCGGACUCAAAAUAUCCUUAAUAUAUAUCUAAAUAAAUAAAUAAGUUGAUAAGGAUUCACUUCACGAAUACAUAAGCAGGCUGCAGUGCGAAAGAAUUGAUGGAAAGAAUAUUGAAAGCUUGCCACCAGCUGCCGAUAUGAAGACCGCGACCAGUAUCACUUGGUUUAGUUUCACUUUGAUAAGAGAGUGACUAUGGGGAGAAGAAAUAUCAUAGACCUUGCGACGAAUGGCGGCCGCAGCCGCGGCUGCAGGCGCAGAAGCGCCGGGCUUAUGAAGCGCUGCGCCAGUCUCCGCCUUGCCAAGUGGAGGUCGCUCUAUCUUGACGGUGGGCGCCGGCCGGUACUCGGCGGGCGGGGGCGCGGGAGGUGGCGGGGGCGCGGGGGCAGGCACCGGAGCCGCGGCGGGUGGUGGUUCCCCUGCCGGCUUGCCGUAGUAAUGCAACGCUGGCGGUGCUGUGCUCGGCUUCACGAUCGAAGAUGAGCGGCGGAUUCUGUUCAAGUCAUAUGGCUGGUCACGAUGCAUGCGUAGGAAGUGUUUUUUGACAUGAUCGGCUCUAUUGAACUGCUUCUGGCACAAGUAACAGUGGAAUGGCUUCUCGUCGCGGUGGAUGUUCUCGUGGCGAGUAAAAAGGUCGCGCCGGUCAGUAGCGUACGGACAGGCGCCGCACACGUACCGCUUGCCUGGCUCCGCUGCGCCAGCGCCCCCGCCGCCCGCCACUUCGCCCACGCCCGCGUCGCCGGUGCUCGGCCGACGCUCGUUGCGCAUCGCUUCCACCUGCAGGGAACAGCUGAGUGAGCAGUGUGCGCAGCGGCCGUGACAGUGCGAGUCGCGGUGGCGCGGACCUUGUUCUUGAGGCGCUGCAGGUAGCGCGUGAGGUCGUCGAGCGCAGGGUUGUCGCGCAGCAGGUGGUCGGCGGCCGCGGGGUCGGAGUGGUGGUCGCGCGCCAGGUGCGAGCGCACGCCCCGCGCCCAGCCCGACGCGAAGCCGCAGCCCGCCAGCGGACAGGUGAAGGCGCGCGCCUGCGAGUGCGUGCCCAGCCAGUGCUCGGCCACGCGCGCCAGGAAGCCCACGCACUCGCAGUCGGCGCACUUGAACAGGCGCUGCGCCGGGUUGUAGGACGCGAUGCGCGAGUGCGCCCACGCCAGCGGCUCCUCCGCCGCCGUCCACCGGUCCUCGGCGCUCGGGUCGAUGCGAGGGCUGAAGUUCGCCUGCAA